AUGGAGGCCACUGAUGCGGGCAAGCCCCUCUACGAGGCGUGUGCUUUCAAGUACACAGAAAAGAAAGAUCCAAGCCCGCGAUGGUCAGAGCUGGAGAAGUAUAUGGACACACCGGUACCGAACCAUCUGAUGUGGCGACAGGCUCGGGGCGUAGACAAAGCGCCAUCAGAGCAAAGACAGGAGUAA